AUGGUUCCAACUGGUGUUGGUGAAAGAUUAAUGUUUCACUUAGCAGAAAUGUCAAACGAAGUAUCACUUAAUAAUAUAAAUACUGUUCUUUUAGAACUUGACUUGUUUGAGAAUGGUGUAUUUAAAGAAUACAAAGAUUGUGGGAUGGAAAACGUAGAUAUUGAUGAAGCAUCCGAAACCGUUCGUAAAUUUUCUUAUGAUAAACACGGCGAUUUCUCUUUGGAACGGUUCAUUGUAGCCUUUGAUUGUUUGUUUGAUGAAAUAAACACAAUCACAAACAAAAAACGGUUGUUUGCGAUGGAAGUUAGACAACGUAAAAUAACAGACUAUGUUAUUAACAGUAUUACUAACGAGUCUUUGAUGUCUGAAAAACAAAAGAAAGCUGUUAAAACAUGUAUUUUGAUUAGCGAUGCGGCGUUGAGUCGUGAAACGUUGUCUCGCUCCAAAACUUUAGCGAUAAGCCAAAGAACAAGUGUAAAUCAAAUCAAAAAAACCAACAACGUUUUAAUGAGUACAAUUAGAGAUGAAAGAGAACUUCACGACUGCUUGGCCAUUUCCGUGGAUUCAACAACAAAAGAUGACGUUGAAAUCUUUUGCGUCAUGUUACGUUUAAUAAAAGGACGCAAUUGUUAUUCUAUGCCUCUACUUCUUCGUCAAUAUAAAGGUGAAUUGGAUGCAGAGACUCUAGCUAAAUGGUUGGUUUCAAAAUUGACAGAUUUGGGGUUGAUUUGUCACCGCAUAGUAAAUGUGACGUCAGACGGAAUCGCUUCAUGGUCUGGAUUUAAUGGCAGUGUGCUUAUUAAAAUGAACGAAUUGGUACAAAAAGAGCUUCCACUUGGAAGAGAAUUGAUUGACUCCGACAUCAAACAGUUCUGGUGUAGUGCCCAUCGACUGGCAUUGCGUGGAGAAGGCCUUGAAAAAGAACCAGAAAUUUUUCUUGUGAAAGUGUUUAUCAAGUGGUUCUGUAAGAAAAGUCGUCUGAAUGAUUAUAAUACCAGGUGUGGACUUAAUCAUGAUAUAAACUCGACAUAUUCUUUCAAGCGUUGGUUCUGGAUAUCGAGAAAUAUCACAGAAAUUAUAAACAACUACGAAGACGUUAUUAAUUACGUUUCAACUCCAAGUGUAUAUGAAGAGUUAUCAAUUGAACUUGCAUCCAACAAAUUCACAUUCUUUGAAGACAAAAUAAAACUGUCAAAACAAAAAAAGAACCGACAAUUUAGACACGAACAACAACGACAAGAAAUGUUGGGAAGUGAUGACGCUGAAGAAGAGGACUCUGAUGAAGCACGACAAGUUCUAUUUAAUCUUAAUUCACCACCAAUAAGAAACGUGUUUUAUAAAUCGAAGAAAAUAUUUGAACUCCUUUUCAUUAUGUGCUCUUCUUUACAAGAAGACAGUCUCCUGCUCUUCGAGUGUGUUGAACGUGUCGACAUGUUUAUGUUAUAUAUAAAUAUAAUCAUAAAAGAGGUGGAGGAUGGCACAUGGGUCUUUUUCAGAGAUAUAAGGGAAAUAAUGGAAGUCAAAGACUCUUUUGUACUUCGGGUGCUUUAUAGACUGAAGUGCCAAUUAUCACUUAGAUUUACACAAAUUAGUCAAUCGGUUAACAUGAACAGCGUUAACGAUUCGAAUGUUAAUUGGAGAACAGGCAGCGUCGAAGCUUCAAUUUUCAAGAGAAACUCCAAUUACACAUUUUUUUCAGAACUUUUAGAAGUCUUUUAUAUUCCUGAUGAUGUGAUUACAAAGAACCUGUUACCUGAAUACAUGACAAAGAGUCAUACAUUUAGCUCGGUCUUCAAUGAUGAAAUCACCAAAUUUAUUGCUUAUGUAAAUAGAAUGACGUCUUUUGAAAAGGAGUUGAUAAUCAAAAAAGUGAAAAAAUCGCAGAGCACUUUUCAUGAAAAACUUAUGCGUUUAACAAACACCAGGCAACGAGUUACACUUCUAGAAGUUUAUGAUGUACUGGAACAACUCAAAUUGAUAAACUUACAAAGUGUUGUUCAGUGCAUGGUGUGUGUUUAUCCAACUUCCGUUGAUGUUGAAAGAUUUUUUUCUAAACUCAAGCAAAUGAGAUCAAAGAACAUGCUACUCCAAACUGCAUACGAGAGGUUGUUUUACUGUAUUAAAAACAACAAAUGCUUUUUUGUUAUUUGA